AUGGACUCACUGCUCGAGAAACUUCGCGCAGCUGCUCCUCAGGCCAAGGAUCAGCGAGAUCGCCGCCGUCGUGCACGUCUGAAGGAACGUCACCAGGUCCGCGUUGCCUCUGGCCAGAAGCCACCUGAGGCUGAUGGCGAAGAGGGCGAAGAGGUCGCUGAAAAACCAGCUGAUGGCGACACCAGGACUGUCGAGAAUGGCCUCCUGAGCCCUCCAAUUCCUGAAGACGGGGCUGAGGCCAAGGAAGUUUCCGAAGGCGAGGAUGUUGCUGACCGAGCGGCUAGUAUGCUCCUCGGCCUACGGAGUAACUCCGAUGCCACUGGAGGCGACCGCGCCAGACGUAGGAGAGAAAGCGCCGACGAGGAGCGACGUAAUCGCCGCAUGAGACGCCGCAAUGGUGCAAGUGGAAGCAAAGAUAGUGCAGAUGGCGGUCUGCCGGCCGUCCAAGAACCACAAUCUCCCUCGCGUAUCGAUUCCAUCAGCACAGAAAAUGCCUUGCCAAGUCCACCCCACGAAGAGGCACCACCUUCAGAACCGCCGUCUAUCGUGGUAUCAGAGCAAACUGAUGCCUCUGAAUCAGAGGCCGGUUCAUCCCCCAGUCAGCCCAUUGAAGUUUCAGAUUGA